AUGAACAAUAACAACGACUUUCCAAAGCACGUUCGGCGUUUUCUUGUUCUUAAUGAACAAAAUGUUAAAAAUCGAAAAAUAUUCUUGGCCGAACGAACUAUAAUUGAUAAGUUGCAUCAAGAGUUCAAAAUAAAGGGACCCCGUCGAAAU